CUUAAGCUCGCCGCUUCUUCUGUUCACAGUCCAUGUGUGUUGUUUUCCUCCUCCUCCUUCGAUUCCUUCUUGUCCCCCCGUCCCCUCUCUCUGGCAAACACGGACGGCCGACGACGACGACGACGGGUUGUCGGCGGCGUCGCUCAUCACCGGCGGACGGCAGCGGCGGUGUCGAUGGAGUGGUGGCAGAAGGCGGUGGUGGUGCCGGUGAAGCGCGCGUGGAUCGUCGUCGCCGCCCGGCUGACGACGCGCCGUAAGAAAGACGACGGCGGCGGCGGCGGCCACAGCGUGCUGGUGAAGCUCCACGACGACGUCCAGACGUGCGCGUACGAGGACGUGCAGGUGAUGUGGGAGAUGCUGCAGCGGGCCGAGACGGGCAGACUGGCGCGCGAGCCCUCGCCCAAGGGCGCCCGCGCGCUCGUCUGGCUGCACCGCCACCACAAGAUGGACCCGCGCGGGCGCUGCUGAGGACGACCGACUACCCUGAUGCUUCCUCCUUCCUUCGGCUUCAUUCGCUUGCCUGCCCCUACCCCCUCCUGUGCAGCCUUGCUCUGUGAUGGAUCUGUGUGCGAGGGUCACUCUGGCUGCUGUGUAUAUAUUACAUACAGGCUACAGCCCUGCUGUGCCUUUCGUUUGCUUUGCUCGGAUGUAAAUAUUCACAGUUUCAUCUUUCAAGAAAAAAAGGAGAAGAGAGAGAUCAUAGUACCA